UGAAUGUUCUGUUUCAGGCAAAUGUACCUUUUCCUCUCAAUGUUGGUGCAUGGAGAUGAAGAGGGGAAAUCUGAAGGUGAUAUUAGUAGAGAGAAGGAAAGUAUUUUGACUAUAAAUUCUAUUCUUCACAGCAUAAAACACUCAGAAGAUGCAGUAGAUUCGGCAAUAUCAAAGAACUCAUAUGCUGUCUCAGACCUUGGCCUGAUGAUUGCGAAACGGCUAGUUCCCAACCUGGAUGAUCUUAAGGAGUCCGAAGCAUCAGUAUCUCUUCCUCCAUCUCUUUACAAACAACUCGAGAAGGGUGAAGAGAAGGACCAGUCUCUGGUUGAAUUGAAGACAUGGUUGGCUGAUGAAAGCGUCAUGGUUCACUUUGAAUCAAUCAAGUUUGAAACUAAUGGAACACAGUUGAAGUCAGAAAUAACUGAAGACGAGGCCAUGAAAGACAGUGAAACCGAAGGAAAUGAGGUGCCUUUAGGAAAAAUAAUGGAACGGCUUAAAGCUAGAUCUAAGAUGCGGAAAGAGGUGAAGGAUGAUCCUUCACCUCCUGAGGUGAGAGCUGAACAUGAUCUUGACAUCUUGAAAGUGUUGAGGGAGAUAGAUUCAAAUAAUGCUGGCGAUGACAAUAAGUUGGAUGCAAGCAAUGGCCAUGAAUCUGCAGUCAAAACUAAAGCAACCAAUAAACGUCAGAAAAGAAAAACAGGAACUGAUAUUUCUGUACCAAAAGGUGCAAAGCGACAAAGAUCAUCUUCUUCUUCGGGCCAUAAACUUUCUGCAAAAAUCAAGGUUUCUAUUGAAAAUGAGGACGAUCUUCUAUCCAUGUCUGAAGACAAGUCCUCAGAAGAAAAUGUUUAUGAACCUGAAGAGUCAGACCUGUUAGCAUCAUCCAUCAGGAAGAAAACAAGCUUCUUGCCUAAACAAAAGCGUAAAUCUACUGAUAAGACUUGUGGUGAUACCCAUGAAGUUGGAGCGGACAGUCGUGGACUGAAAAAGUCUAAACAAAACAAAGAAGCAGUUGAUACACAUGUCGAAAGUAAUAACAUGUCAGGAUCUCACAAGCAACAGAAGAAGAAAAGUGUAGCUGGACUGGCCAAGUGCACGUCAAAGGGUGAUACAGCUCCCACUGUGGACUUGAUUGGUUGCAGAAUAAAAGUUUGGUGGCCCAUGGAUAAGAAGUUCUAUGAAGGUGUUAUUAAGUCAUUUGACACUCAAAAGAACAAACACGUUGUUCUAUAUGAUGAUGGUGAUGUAGAAGUCCUCCGAUUGGAAAAGGAGUGUUGGGAGCUUGUUGGUGGUGGGCAGAAGCCUGUGAAGGGUUCAAAUUCGAAAAAGGGUUCAAAUUCCAAAAAGGUUUCACGUUACGAGAAAGUAUCUGGAGAGAGGAAAAAUAAAGCUCUUGCUGCCUCCAAGCAAAAGAAAGAGACAGAUAACAUGUCUCCAGUAUCACAAGUACGAGGGAAGAGAACUCCAAGGAAGAACUUGAAGUAUGGACAAAAAGGCCCAUCAAAAUCUUCUUUCAGCAGAGGAAGGCUGCUUUUAGGAAAGCCGUUGGAAACCUCGAAGUACAACGAAAACACUUUAAGCUCAGGUAAUUCAGAAGGUGAGCAGAAAGAGAGUAUGCAUGGGAGUUUGUCUGAACAUGAACUGUCUGACAAGGAUGACAGAUCGUACUCUGAUGGGAAACCAGUGGCUGAUGAUGAUGAUAGGUCAAGUGGUAUGGAAGAGUCCGUAAAAGAAGAAAAUCCCUUGGAAAAUAAAGAAUUUGAGGAUGAACCUGGCACCCCUCAGGAUUCCCGUGGAUCGGACGAGGAGAUCUCUUCACAUGAGAAACCACAGCCAGAUGUAUCGACGGAGAAGUCAAAUGAUGAUGCUGAAAGAUCAGAUUCUCAGGGGAGUUUAGGAGAUAAUGCAGACAGUCAUUCAUCUGAUCGAGGUGACUCUGAAAGGAGUUCAGCUACAAAAUCUGAUGAAGAACUAUCCGAUGAUGAGCUACUUAGCACGUGGAAAAGUCGAGCAGGGAAAUCGGCUGGAGGGAAGUAAACAGCAGAGAAGGCCGUCAUGAUCCUGGCUAAUGAUUUGUAGAGAUGCAGCAUCCUGGAGAGCACUUGGCAUCAAGCCAAAUACCGUCAUCCCAAAAAGCUUGCUGCAAGAAGAUGAUACCAUUAACAGCGACAUUAAUAAGUUUAUGAAGUACAGUUUACCACAUAGAAAUUGGUCGUGCACAGGUUUAUUAAAUGGUAGGGUGUAGGACAAGAAUGUGCAUUCCCACAGUUGUGUAGCUGCAGUCUAGAGGUAACUGAUAUGAGUCAAUAGCAGUUGUCUUAGGCCUUGUACAGCUCUAGUUUAGUAAGUUAGCAUUAACUUACCCAACUAACCGAUCUUGUGUUGCAGCUCGGUUUUUGUUGUAGUUUUGUCUUCCUUUUGUAUAUGUUGUUUAGAGUAGGAACAGGAUUUCGUCUGUCCGUGGUUCCUCCUCUAUGUGAUCCGUGUAUUCUCUUGUGAACUGUAGAUUUGUAAGCAUUUGUGGUGUAUGGAAUCAGUAACAUUAGCAUGCUUUUCACGAUUAUAUGCUUCUGAAUCUGAACAUUUGUGAAUGGAAGGUGGCAAGAAUUAGCUUUGAGAA